GUGUAAGACUAACAGAUCAGCCACAAACAAACAACAGCAAAACAAACUAGUAGAACAUAACUUUUGAUAACUGACGCCAGUCUGGAAGAAGAAAUCGUUGGAUAGUCGUGCUGGUCUAUGGAACAGAGCACAGUUCUAACGGACGGAAGUCAGACGUAGAGGGCGCUGUUACAGGUUUUGGACGAGCGCUUGUGCUCAUGUUCUGGAAUCUUCUUUUCUGGAAGUUUUGACUGCCGUGUGUUUCAGAAAAAAAUGAGGGAGCUGUGGUGGCUGAUUUUCUUGUUACUUCUUUCCAUUCAAGACGACAAUGCCGUCGUCUGCUCGCGUAGUUCCGGACCGUUGCGCGCAAGGCGCAGUGCGUGGGACCCCAACGUGACGCUGGACGACCCCAGCCUCCUGCACCUGUGGGAGCCGCCGCACGUCACGACGCCCAGGACGAGGACCGUGAUCUACGCCAAGAAAGACAGCCCUGUCCCCCUGACCUGCAUCGCCACCGGCUUUCCUGCUCCCACCUAUCAAUGGACGUUCAAUGGAGCGGACACCCCCAAGAACUACUUCUUGGCGUAUCCUAACGGCUCUGCGCUCAUCCAGAAAAUGGGUGAGAGAGAACGAGGGUACUACCAGUGCAGUGCCACCAACGUGCAUGGAACCUCUUUGUCAGAAGUCCUCGACGUCCGACCGAUAGUGGACAAUCCUUUCAAUGUCCUAGCAACCGCGAAUCUGACUGGCAAGGUGGGGCAGGGCAUAAGCAUUCCGUGUUUCUACAAACCGUUCUUCGAUCCUCCUGGAACGAUCGACUGGUACACACAGAUCAGGGACAAGCCCAAUAACGAUGGCAGCCAAGUGCAGAUCAAGAAGGACUCGAGAAUCUACGUGGACGUCAAUGGCACACUGUACAUCACUAGACUCGAAGCGGCUGACGAUAAAGCAGACCGUUUCUAUGUUUGUGCCGUUAACUCCGUGGACCAGUCGACCAUUACCCUGGGAAGCAAGAUGGCCACUCUUACGGUCAAGCCACUUCAGUCAGGUGAGAACCAAUAUUCGUCUCCCAAGCUGCUGAGCUCUACUAGGUACUUGGAAGUGGACGUAGGCAAAGAAGCGAUCAUGGAGUGUAUUUUUGCAGCGAACCCUGAUGCAACUCUCAAGUGGUUUGACAAGACAGACCGGGUGAUAGGAAACUCCAGCAGGACAACCAUCACCGACUUUGGCCGGAGGCUGCGCAUCCAGUCGGUAACCACGGAGGAUGAAGGCAGUUUCCGGUGUCACGCUGACAACAGUUUGGGUGGCGACGGUGCAUUUGUCUUUCUCAACGUCACAUCCCCACCCAUGUUCGUCAGAAACCAGUCCAACGUGCUGGCACCGAGAGGAGGGGACGCUACUUUCGUUUGUGACGCUACGGAGGCACCUGGAGAGUUCCCGUUACCUCCCCCGAAGUGGUUCAUCAACGCACGAUCACUUGAAACAGAAGUCCACCCCAGUGAGUACACGCUUAGCCCCGACAAGAAAAGGGUGACGUUUCGUGGGUUGACUGACAACAGCACCCGGGGUAUUCAGUGCAACGUCACGAAUCAGCGAGGUUACGCCUUCUGGGACGGGUACCUCAAAGUCAUCGAGCCGAUGACGAUAAAAUUCAAACCGAAUCGGACCGUGGCCAUCAAGACAGGCCAGCCGGUAGAGCUCAGUGUGGUGGCGACCUCUGACCCCUGCUGCCCUCAUCAGUUCGCGUGGCAGCUCAACGGCACGAACCUCACGGAGACGCAGCUGCAGCAGCCUCCCUUCAGCUACAGUGUGUACGGCGAGUCCGCUCGACUUCGCAUCGACGCCAACACCACCGACGACGUACUGAAGGCCCUGGGGACCUACCGCUGCAUCGUCUACCACCACGUCUACGAGGACCCGCUGAUGGUCGACGUGAUCGUUCAUCUUGAGCAUGUCUCGCCUGAGGCAGAGCCCGUGCAGCAGGCAGCAUUCAAUCUGUGGUGGCUGGGUAUCGUCUUUGGCAUCCUUGUGCUGAUCAUCGUUGGGGUCGUCAUCUUCCUCAUGGUCCACUACAACUUCCCUCGUCAGGCUUACUUCCUGGAGAAGGAGGAGCUGAAACAUCGACUGGACCCAAAGAAAGACAUUCUUGACCAAUCUUUUACCGAGAUUUAACUCUGUACACACUUGAAUGAGCAUCAGCUGGAAAUCUAUCAUUUGUACAUCCUGACAUCUGGCUCGCUUUGGUCUCCAAAUUAAUUGGUACAAAGAGAUUGUUAGAAGUGUGGCUGAAUGUGGAUAGGGAGACUGUGUUAUACGUGUGUGAGCGUGUAUGCUUGACAGCGCAUGCGCGCGCGUGUGACAGGGUGAGUGGUGAGUGGUUAUACCGAGAGAAAAAACGUGUUUAUGUCAGCUUACCUGUACAUUUUAUGUUUUGUUUUAUAUAAUUAUUUUAUAUGAUUAUUAUAUAAGCUUACUGUCAAAUAAUUAAACAAUUAUAUUAA